CUCUCUUUUUCCUGUGACCUGCAUUCUUAAAUCCUGCGAUAGACAGUUGCCCAACAUCUGUUUGCGCCGCGCUUCCGUUGACAGCUCGACAUCGUGCGCGCCCUCUUGGUGAACGCACUUCCAAUACUCCGCGCCCACUUACCUACACCCUACCUCACCUCGACCGCCAUAUAUAUCGUUUGCAAAUAUGUCGUCGGACACACCCACAAGACGGGCGAGCGAGAAGCAGAAUGAGGGCCGUCUGCUCCUUGUCUCCAACCGUCUGCCUAUCACCAUCAAGCGUGCAGAUGAGGGCAAGUACGAGAUGUCGAUGUCCUCCGGAGGACUGGUCAGUGGUUUGAGUGGACUCUCAAAGACGACCACCUUCCAGUGGUAUGGUUGGCCUGGUCUGGAAGUCCCCGAGGACGAGGUCACACAACUCAAGGAUCAGCUCAAGACCGAGUACGAUGCCGUGCCCAUUAUGCUUGACGAUGAGCUUGCAGACCGUCACUACAACGGAUUCUCAAACGCUAUCAUGUGGCCGCUCUUCCACUACCACCCCGGUGAGAUCACAUUCGACGAGUCGGCAUGGGAGGGCUACACAGAGGCCAACCGCCUCUUCGCGAAAGCUGUUGCCAAGGAUGUCCAGGAUAACGAUAUGGUCUGGGUCCACGACUACCACCUCAUGCUUAUGCCUGCCAUGCUGCGCGAGGAGAUUGGUAACACAAAGAAGAACGUCAAGAUUGGCUUCUUCCUACACACACCCUUCCCCUCUUCCGAGAUCUACCGUAUAUUGCCAGUCCGUAACGAGAUCCUGCUCGGCGUACUUCACUGUGACUUGAUCGGCUUCCACACAUACGAUUACGCUCGUCACUUCCUCAGCAGUUGCUCGCGCAUUCUGGGUCUUGCAACGACACCGAACGGUGUUGAGUUCCAGGGCAAGGUUGUCACCGUCGGCGCUUUCCCCAUCGGCAUUGAUCCUGAGAAGUUUGACGAGGGCCUUCAAAAGCCCAAGGUCCAGGAGCGCAUCGCAGCUCUCGAGAAGAAAUUCCAGGGCGUCAAGCUCAUCGUUGGUGUCGAUCGCCUGGAUUACAUCAAGGGUGUACCUCAGAAGCUGCACGCUCUUGAGGUCUUCCUGACCGAGCACCCCGAAUGGAUUGGCAAGGUCGUCCUCGUACAAGUUGCAGUGCCCUCCCGACAAGAUGUCGAAGAGUACCAAAACCUCCGCGCCGUUGUCAACGAGCUUGUCGGACGCAUCAACGGCAAGUUCGGCACUAUCGAGUUCAUGCCCAUUCACUUCAUGCACAAGUCGGUCUCUUUCGACGAGCUCAUCGCUCUUUACUCAGUCUCUGACGUCUGCCUUGUUUCCUCGACAAGAGAUGGUAUGAACCUGGUGUCCUACGAGUACAUCGCCACGCAGGAGAAGCGCCACGGAGUCAUGAUCUUGUCCGAGUUCACCGGUGCCGCACAGAGUCUGAACGGCAGUCUGAUCGUCAACCCCUGGAAUACCGAGGAACUGGCCGACUCCAUCCACGACGCCGUCACCAUGGGCGACGAGCAGCGCAACCUCAACUACCAGAAGCUGUCCAAGUACGUCCGAAAGUACACCAGCGCCUGGUGGGGCGAGUCGUUCGUGAAGGAACUUAGGAGGAUCUCCGAAACCGCCGACCGCAAAGUGCGCUUCAACACGCCGCAAACCGAGGCCCCCAACGCCGCGGCGCCCGCCGAGCAGGAAUCCUCCGUCCCCGUAAAAGACACAGAGUCAGACCCCGCAGCUGCUGCGGAGGCGCAGCAGGAAUUCAAACAGGAACUGCCCAUCCGCACCAAGGAGGCCGAGUCGUGAUCGUCAUCUGCCGAGCCGGUUGUCCCUCCUUUGCAUUAGACUGAUAUCCCUUGUCCCCUUUCACGACUGUUAUGAAGUAGCAUCUGCGAGCCCCGCGCGACGGAGUUAUAUGAUCUCUUAGCUCAGGUCGAGCGCUGUCGCGGCUGGCUGGUUUCAUCAAUACUAUACCCUCUUAGCUAUCUGCCGUCUUUGGGAUUCUGUGAUGUGGAGAGUGAUUCUGAUGCGGACUUAGGGUGCACAAGUGUCGUGUUGUGAUUUGCCUUAGUGCCCGAUGUCAGUCAGUGGC